ACAAAUUUUGGCAGGGUAGGAGUCAACUUUAGAAUAACGCUGUUUUGUGUGGUAUGAUGGAUACAAGAGAAAGACCAGUGUUUCGACCACCAAAAAAACGAGGGCCUCGAUCUUUGCCAAGAUCGGAAAGUAACUGUACUCAAACAGUAGUGCCAGUAAGUCCAGUGAGAAGUAGAAGUUUUCAAAAUGUUAACAAAGAAGCUAACUCGUGCAUUCUAGGUGAAGUUGAUUUUAAUCCACAGGGUUGUGUUGAUAACUUCAAAAAGUCCAAGAGAAAUGUUCAUGUUGAAUCUUUAACAUCUUUAAAAGAACAUUCUGUUACUGUAGGAGAGACACCACAAAUUGCUGACAGUGGUUAUACUGAAAUUGAUCUAAGUAAUGACAGAGUAUCCUUAAAAGCACAUUCCCAUUCUAUAUCUUCAAGAGGAUCUGAUUCUGAUGGGUAUGUGACCAUGACAGGAACAAUUAAAAGGGGCAAAAAGAAAGGACAAACAAUGGACAUGAAGGUGCAUAUGUCUCGGGAAGAGCUAGAUGAACUAGAAAGUAGCAUAAUUUCUCAUCAGAAACCAGAAGAGGAAGAUGAUUGCUUUUUUGGUGCUAAAAAGGGUCCUCAUGUAUUUCUUCUUAGCCUUCUUUUAGCCCCUGUAGUUUUCUGCAUGUCUGCAGCUUAUUCUUUUUAUAUUGGUACAAUGACUUGGUAUAAUAUAUUGGUGUUAUUUACCGAAAAAAAAACUGCAUGGCAUAAAAUUUUUGUGAGUCCUUUACUGAUAAUUUUUUAUCCAUUUCUGAUCAUGAUGCCAACAAUUGGACUAGGUUUAUAUGCUUCAGUGAUUCAGUUGUCCUGGCAGUAUGAUUUGUGGAAGCAGGAAGUCCUAGACUGGGAAAAAGGAUUUUAUGGCUGGUUAUGCUGCUCCUUAAAUAUAGAAGAUUGUUCCCCUUAUGAAGUUGUGAUCUUAACUGAAAUACAAGGUGCUGAUUCAGCGAAACAGAAAAAAGCAGUGGUUGCUGAUACUGCUUUGUGAAAGUUAACAUUCUCCUUACAUUUAAUAUUGGCCUGUUUUAGAUUUGAUAAUAAAAAAAUGAUUUUUUUUAUGUAAGUGGUAGUGCCCAAAAAUAUAAUUUUUUUUUAACACUUAAAUGUUUUUUCUUAUUAGUAUUAUUAGAUAAGUAAAAGCAAAUCCCUCUUAAGUUUUCUAUAUUUACAUAAAAUACCACAUUUUUAGAUCAGUACUGGCCCUUUUUUUUAUCUUGAAUUGGGCUGUUUAGUUAUUUUAGAAAAAAAUCCAAUUUUAAAACAUACUUUUUUAAAAAGCAUUAAAGUUUGUAAACCUUCAGUUUGGUUUGGAAAUUUGUUUUGUCACACAUUUUUAACAGAGGUUUUAAAGGCCAAGGCAAAUUUUAUAAGAGACUCAGUACAAUAUUACAUUCUUUAAAUUUAGUUUAAUAUUUUGGAAAGGUUUUAGUGUGCUGCUUUAGUACACCAUUGUUUACUUUUUCAAGUCUGUUUUUCAACUUGCAUUUGAGAUGCAAUGUAGACACACAUUAUUGUAUUGUAAAUCUUAAUUUAGUUAAGCAUUCUUUGGCUUUGUGAAAUUCCUAGUGUUAUGAUUUAUCCUUAAAUUACCAAAGGGUAAUAGAUCUUUUAGAUUGAUUUUAUAGAAGUGGAAGUUCAUGAUACAAGAUCAAUGAUAUCACAUAUCUUUUCACAAUGCUCCAAAGAGGCUAUAUUUAUUCUUAUAUGAUAUCUUACCUCCUCUCACAAAAUAGCUAUUCUUGAUUAGUACUGCCCUCUAUCAGCUUAAACUUCAAUGCUCUGCCACCAGCCUUCCACCUCUGCUUCUGAAUAUCCACAUUUAAAUGAUUAUGCAGCAGCUCUCCACCAAUAGAAGCAUGACACAACCCCUAUCAUAACCAGCACCCUCUCCACAUUUGCACUCAUUAAUUACUUCUUGAUUAGCAGUAGUACUGUACAGACUUGCUUGUUUCUGCUCGUAAGUUUGUCAGUCUUUUCCUUUAUGUUACAAACUUAGUUUUUCUUUAAUAUGUUUUUGUUAUAUUUUUAUUUACACAGGCCUUUUUGCUAGUGUAUCGUGAAUCUCACUCUGUGGCAAAUGGUGCCUGACCAGGUUAUUUUUUUGAAAAUCCACAUCGUCCAUCCUGUAACCAUGCUCGAUGUCAAUUACAUUGUAGCUUUUCCUACCACGGACCUCAUGUACAAUUCUAGAUGCUAUCAGGUGUUGGUUGUGUUUGUUUGUUCAGUUGUUGAAACAAUUACAUCACAGGAUUAGGAUACACACACAGUAGAGAUGGGGUGUUUCGUAGGACUGCCAGUAGUUCUCUAUAGUGGUCUUUUGCUUCGUAAAUAUGUUCAUCUCAGACCGUACACUCAUGGACACACAUCAGUAAAGCUGACAGGGAUUGCUGCCCAUCUUUGAUGCUCUGUGGAAUUGAGAUCCUUCCUAUCGCAGACUUGACGUACUAUUCCAGAUGCCACCAGGUGUUGGUUGAUCACCUUCAUUAUUGUGGUAGCUCUGCUUUUUAAAAUAGGGUAUUGCAAUCGCCCAUUCAUUGUCCCCAGUGAUGUGGUCCUUUGGACUCUCCAAUGCAUUUUCCCCUCCUUUCAUCUAGUGGAGUAUGGGAGUCCUUGCCACUUACCAGUUCCUAAACUCUGGGGUGGUGGACCAUUGAGGCCUCUCCUUCUGAGUGAUGCAUCAUGCUACUCAGCUGAGAUUAGGGCAGUGGCAUUCUGUGGGUGUCGAUAGCAUAUAGCACUUCCUACCAUGGACCUGA